CAGUAAUGAUGACUGAAUAUUCUACAUCACACUUUAUUUACAGGGCAUUUAAAAUAGCAACACCAGGCAGUCGCGGUUCACGGUGUAAAAAUAAAAGGCAUUUAAAAUAGCAACACCAGACAGUCGCGGUUAACGGUGUAAAAAUAAAAGGCAUUUAAAAUAGCAACACCAGGCAGUCGCGGUUCACGGUGUAAAAAUAAAAGGCAUUUAAAAUAGCAACACCAGACAGUCGCGGUUAACGGUGUAAAAAUAAAAAAACAUUUCAGAGUUGAAGACUAGAAGCACAGCUGAUAAAAGCGACGGUAGAGGAAGCGUUUGGCAUCUCUUGAGUUCCCGUGUGGCUCAGUUUGUAGAGCGUGGUGUUUGCAACGCCAGGGUUGUGGGUUCGAUACCCACGGGGGACCAGUACGGAGAAGAAAAAAAAUGUAUGAAAUGUAUGCAUUCACUACUGUAAGUUGCUCUGUAUAAGAGCAUCUGCUAAAAUGUAAAUGUAAAAAAAAUCUCUGUCCUUCAGUGGGAAAGUGGUUUCCAGAGUCAUGUGAUUGUAGCUGUGCUGGUAAACGGAGAGCUUCACUUAGCUAAACACACAGCGACCGAAGCUAUUCUCCUCACGAAAGAUGUGAGUUUUCUCUCAUUUUUCCCCCCCCUUUUUUUUUUUUAUUUAUGAAGAAAAAAGUUUCUUGAGAAUUUGGUUGCAAUGUUAUUGAAGUACAAGUCAGGGCCCCAAACCGGGACCGGUCUGGACCACCCAUAUGGGGUGUAACACAGCCCAGUGGUCUGUAGCAUAUUCUAGGUAGUUUCAUCGGGCUAGAACCAGUGGCAGUGACCCGCUGGGAUGUUACGGAAGAGCAGUGACACUGGAGGAGGAGGAGGAGGAGGAGAGAAUAAUACUAAACAGAACAAACAGCAUCGCUCCAGCUCUACCCAGGGCCUGUCUCGCCUCUCCAACCCAAACACAGGGUCACCGUCGGCUGGGUCAACAAAGACCUGGGACAUGGGCAGGAGCUCCAGGACUACUAACCCUCUGGGGAGUAUGGGGCUGGGGUUCACCGUGGUAGGAGCGCCUGGGGUGGAUCCGGAUUACGUCAUGCAGCUGUUGAACGACGUGCGGAGGUUCGCAGAUGUACUGCUCAGCCUUAAAGAAACCUGCCACUCUAAAGAGUCCCAUGACGCUCUCCCUCAGCGGGUACAGGAGAGGUUGGGAGAGCUGCUGCGUGUUCUCAAGUCUGUCAUCGGCAAACACCAGACCCUCAACUCUGUAGACAUCCUCAGGGCUGCUGGGACCGUCAUCGCUAAGGUCAAAGGAAUUAACUUCAAGGAGGUAAACCAAGAAAACAAAACCGCUAUAUUUGGCGAGAUACACGCGUCCAUUGACACUUUGGCAUUCACAUUUGGCAAUGUAGUGUCUGACUUUCUUAUGGGAGAUGUGGACAGCCAAUCAGGGUUGGGGAUCCCACCUACCAGGAGAAGCAGGUCUUCUGAGAAUCUCUCUGUGGAUUCUGGGAGAUGUGUUCCAGAGAAGGAUUCUGGGUGGAAGAAUGACCUAGUGGGCCCAGAGGUGGCGCUGUCUGAGGAGGAGGAUGUUGACCUGACGCUGCAGAGGAACGACAGCGGGGUGGAGUCAGCUCUGCUCUAUGCCAAGACCUGGUCUAAGUACACCAAAGAUCUACUGGCCUGGGUCGACAAACGCCUGGGACUGGACAUCGAAUGUGCCAAGAGCUGUGCCAAAAUGGCAGAAUCUGCAAAGAUGCUUGCGAGUCAACAGGACUACAUGCCAUUCAGGGAUACCUAUAUCUCUACAUUUAAGAAUGACACAGAGUACAGCCAACUCCUCCUGCAGACUGCCACUGCCCUGCAGACCAACAAAUUCCUACAGCCGCUGUUGUCCAGAAAGACUGAGCUGGACAAACUGAGGAAAGACCUUAACGAGCAGUGGCAGAGAGAACAGAAGAAAAUGCAAGAGUCCGAGGCGGCUCUGCGUAAGGCCCAGUGGACCCAGACCCAGAGGACAGACGAGUACCAGAAGGCCCAGUCGUCAGCCAGCCGCUCCCAGGAGGAACAGCCCAGACAGCUGGAGAAGAAGAAGAAACUGGAGCAGGAGGCGCUACAGAAGGCUGAGGAUGCGAGGGACCACUACAGAUCGUGUGUAGCUGAUGCAGGAGUCAGGAGGGCAGAGCUGGCCAGCACCAAGACAGUCAUCCUCACUCAGAUCAGAGAACUGCUGGCUCAGUGUGACCUCACACUCAAAGCUGUGACAGUCAACUGGUUCCAGCUGCAGCAGGCCCAAACCUCGUCUCUCCCCGUCCACUACCAGGCCCUGUGUGAGAACGCUAAAAUGUACGAGCCUGGACAGAGAUACGCUGAGUUUGUCAGAAAUCUACCCAAAGAUCAGAUACACAUGGAGUCCUUCUCCAUUGAUGGACGGUUUGCUUUGUUCAGCAAGCGUUCGCUGGGCAGCACCAGUUCCCAUGGUAACUUGUCCCAGGUGUCCCUGACCUCCGAUGACGUCCUGAGUGGGGACGAGGUGGACAGUCCCCUGGGGUCGGGACCUGGGAAGAGGUCCAACAGCGCCACAGACAUACAAGGUGACUUUAAACGCAGACUACCCAGAACCCCCUCCACUGGCACCAUGUCCUCAGCAGAUGACCUGGACGAGAGACAACCACCCUCAGACAACGGUCUGGGUGAGAUGGUGACCGAGGCAGACGCUUCCCCUGGUCCGUUUCGUAACGCCCAGAUGUCCAAGGCGUCUCAGACACACAAGCUGAGGAAACUCCGAGCGCCGUCUAAGUGCAGGGAGUGUGACAGUCUGGUGGUGUUCCACGGAGCAGAAUGUGAAGAGUGCUCCCUGGCCUGUCAUAAGAAGUGUCUGGAGACUCUGGCCAUCCAGUGUGGUCAUAAGAAGCUGCAGGGAAGAUUACAUCUGUUUGGGAUAGACUUUACCCAGGCAGCUAAGAACAGCCCAGACGGAAUCCCCUUCAUCAUCAGGAAGUGUACCUCUGAGAUCGAGGGCAGAGCACUCCAUGUCCAGGGAAUCUACCGUGUGAACGGGGCUAAGUCUCGUGUGGAGAAGCUGUGUCAGGCGUUUGAGAACGGCAAGGACCUGGUUGAGCUCUCUGACCUCUCACCCCACGACAUCGGCAACGUGCUCAAACUCUACCUGAGACAGUUACCAGAGCCGCUGAUCCUGUACCGUUACUAUAAUGACUUCAUCGGAUUGGCCAAGGAGAGCCAGAGGGUGAUCAUCGAAGAGAAGGCUGCAGCCAGGGCCCUCCAGGACCAGGGGCGGCCAGGGGGAGAACAACCCCGACCAGGAGGCACCCAGCCUGGGGUAGAGGGAGAGCAGCCUCCCCUGAAAACCAGCCAGCCUGGAGGAGACCAGCCCAGUAUCAAACUCAAUCGAGUCAUCUUUAAGAUUAGAGACCUGUUACGACAGCUACCUCCUGCAAACUACAAGACCCUACGCUUCCUCGUCGCACACCUACACAGAGUGACAGAGCAGGCGGAGGAAAACAAGAUGACAGCCAGUAACCUGGGCAUUAUUUUCGGCCCUACGCUGGUCAAACCACGACAGACUGAUGCAGAGGUUUCCCUGUCUUCUCUGGUUGAUUACCCUUACCAGGCACUGAUGGUGGAGUUGCUGGUACGUCACUUCAAGAUGAUCUUUGACUUUGCCAGCACCGUCUCCUCUUCCUCCUCACCCACCAACACCUCCACGGCGGACCAGACCUCCACCCGACUCAGCCUUCAGGAGGAGCAGAGACUCAGCCGUCACUCCACCUCCCUGCUCGACAUCAAGGAGCAGAGCACCAAAGUCUGCAAGAGACACUCGUCGGUCAUCCCAUCCUCUCAUAUCCUGGAUGAGGUGAAGACAGGAAGGACAGGACCAGACAGGACAGGACCAGACAGAGAGUUAACAGCCCUGGAGAGACUCAACGGCGUUGGCUCUGCUACUGCUGGUGCUCCCAAGGUGCAGAGGUCUACCCUUGUGUUUGGCCGUCCCAGCAUCAACCUCUCCUCCUCUACCUCCUCUACGGCCCCUCGGGUCCAACUUCGCUCCCAGCGAUCUAGAAUACUGUUCCGACCAAUCAGCAUGCCCUUGGAGCGCCAGCCCCUCCCCACCCCCUGCCAGGUCGUUGAGAGAAACAGCCAGAACACCAACGACGCCGCCAUGUUGGAUCCUACCGCUGACUCCAUCAUGGAGUCGGCCGAGCCAGAGAAGGAAAAGCCUCGGAUUGGUGAGGGGUCAAGGGUCAGUACCUAUUUUAUCACACCCUUCAAUCCCCAGGCCGUGCAGCGUAAGACCUGGGACAGGAAGUACAAACACUACAAUGUCACGCCACGCACCGCCAUGAUCGUGGCUAAUUUACCGCCUGCCGGUACUGGCCCCGGAACACAGCCGACAGGGAAGCAGCCGACGAUGUCGACACAACCGUCCGUAUCUGGGCCGACAAGCUCUGCUCUCCCAUCCAGUGGUAGUGUCGACACCAUAUUCCCCAACAGCCCUUACACGUUGUCGGUGAAGGCUGGCCAGACGUCCAGAAGAGGCAGAGAGGAGACUAAGGACAGGCCUAACUCUGCUGCUGGAGGUGGUGGUGGGGAGACUAGAACCUCUACCAACUCCCCCAUAGUGUUCAGACAACCAAGGAAUCUGCAGCCUCCGCCCGGAACCUUCUACAAGCCUCCUGGUUCUUCAUGCACGAGAGGCUGGCCAUCAUCAAGUACCUCUGGGACCUCUAGCCCCAUCAAUAUGUCCCCAACUUCUACUGUUAAAACCUCUUCCCCGACUUCCCCUACUGUUAAAACCUCUUCCCCGACUUCUACUGUUAAAACCUCUUCCCCGACUUCUCCUACUGUUAAAACCUCUUCCCCGACUUCCCCUACUUUUAAAACCUCUUCCCCGACUUCUCCUACUGUUAAAACCUCUUCCCCGACUUCUCCUACUGUUAAAACCUGUUCCCCGACUUCUCCUACUGUUAAAACCUCUUCCCUGACUUCUACUGUUAAAACCUCUUCCCCGACUUCUCCUACUGUUAAAACCUCUUCCCCGACUUCUCUUACUGUUAAAACCUCUUCCCCGACUUCUCCUACUGUUAAAACCUGUUCCCCAACCUCUCCUACUGUUAAAACCUCUUCCCCGACCUCUCCUACUGUUAAAACCUCUUCCCCGACUUCCCCUACUGCUCUCCUCCUCGCUUCCUCCCAUUCCUCCACCAUUACUUUCUCCUCUACCCCUAUGGUUACCACCGCCACCCUUCAGACCUCAAACCUUCCCAUACACUGUCCACAGCACUCGGUGGACAGCUCUGUUAGCGUUGACCCUGAGGUUGAGACCUCCGCUGACCUUUCACCUCCCCAGUCCCCUCCCCCCAGCAGCUCAGAGGACCUCAGCCCCACUGAGGCCAAACCGCUGCACCAAAGACUGAGACCUCGGCCCAAACCCAGCGCUCCUGGCGAGGCCCACUUUGUCUGAACAGUGAUGUCAUCACACGCAGCUGGGGACACAGAAAACAACGACAACAACAUCGGCAAAAGACUGCCGUGAUAAUGGUCACGUUCCUGCCCGACGACAGUGCAGAUGUGUGCCAGAUCUGACGACGCCCGAACAGGUACUAUCAGCUAACCACGUCAUAUGAUAUAAGCCGUCUGAUGCCCAACUGCACAGUCCGUGACGUGGCACACAACCAUAGGCAGUCAUUACUUUACAUCAACCAAUCUCUUUCCUCCCUUUUGCGUGGCUCUAGGGAACAGGGGCGAUUAUUGGGGGAAAACCCAACAGUGGCAGUCUUGAAUUACUGUUGACGUCUGUCUGUAAGCAGGAAGUCUCCCCACUGUGGAUGAUGUCAUAUUGCCGAGUCUACUUUUACAGCCAAAAACCUUUUUUUAUAUAUGUGUGUGUGUGUGUGUGUCUGUAAAUCAUUUCUAUAGUGUGUAUCUCUGUACCAGAUUGUAUAUUGGGAAAAAUAACUAUUAUUUUGAUGUCAGAAGGUGUGUGAAAGGUAGAACAGGAAAGUGUUACCUACAUGUGUUUUAAUAUAUUAUAGUGUUGGGCCAGUAACCAAAAGGUUGCUGGAUCGAAUCCCCGAGCUGACAUGGUAAAAAUGUGUCGUUCUGCCUCUGAACAAGGCAGUUAACCCACUGUUCGCCAGGCGCUGAAGAUGUGGAUGUUGAUUAAGGCAGCCCCCCGCGGCACCUCUCUGAUUCAGAGGGGUUGGGUUAAAUGCAGAAGACACAUUUCAGUUGAAUCCAUUCAGUUGUACAACUUGACUAGGUAUCCCCCCUUUCUAUGUUCUAUGAUGAAUUCAGAACAAAUAAAUGCAUAAGCAGAGGCCGGUCCAUCCUAAUCAAAUAUACUUCUCAAAGCACUAUACAGAAUCCCACCAUCUGCAAUUCAUUGAAUUCUGUGUCAAUAUUGUGUUAUGUCCUGGUCAACACUUCCUAUUACAUCUGUUGUCCUGGUCAACACUUCCUGUUACAUCUGUUUUCCUGGUCAACACUUCCUGUUACAUCUGUUAUCCUGGUCAACACUUCCUGUUACAUCUGAUUGUCCUGGUCAACACUGCCUGUAACAUCUGUUCGCCUGGUCAACACUUCCUGUUACAUCUGUUGUCCUGGUCAACACUUCCUGUUACAUCUGAUGUCCUGGUCAACACUGCUUGUUACAUCUGAUUGUCUGGUCAACACUUCCUGUUACAUCUGAUUGGUCAACACUUCCUGUUACAUCUGAUACCCUGGUCAACACUGCUUGUUACAUCUGUUCACCUGGUCAACACUUCCUGUUACAUCUGAUGUCCUGGUCAACACUGCUUGUUACAUCUGUUCACCUGGUCAACACUUCCUGUUACAUCUGAUGUCCUGGUCAACACUGCUUGUUACAUCUGUUCACCUGGUCAACACUUCCUGUUACAUCUGAUUGUCUGGUCAACACUUCCUGUUACAUCUGAUUGUCUGGUCAACACUGCUUGUUACAUCUGUUGUCCUGGUCAACACUGCCUGUUACAUGUUUGAAUUAGUUACAAAUAUAUUCUACCUGCCAUCUCAUCACAAACUAUGUUUUUUUUUUUUUGGGGGGGGGGGGGUUCCAAAAUGGAACUGUAACUUAAAUUAAGUUCGUUUUCUCAAUGAAAUCAUGUAAUCAGUUCUUGUAGUCAUGUUAGAGAGAAACAAUUAAUUAGUUCUAUUGGGAAUUAAAUAAAAAUGUUGUUUUUACUUGUACAAUUAAUUAUACAGUGCAGGAAAUGUUGUCAUUUGUUCCUGUUCUGGAUGUCGGGAUUUGAUUCUAUCCUCGUGAUGCACUUACUUACUUAAUUCAGGUUCAAUGUUUUUACAAGCUUUUUUAUUGUAUUUUUAUUGUGCAGUGAAUGGAUAGAAUUUUUUUUUAUUUUUUUUACCCAUAAUCCUGUUCAGAUUAGCAUCUGAUACUUCAUGUCACUUUUUUUUGUGUUUACCUGUUUACGUUUUAUAUCCGUUACUUCCAAACGGAACGUUUUGUUGCAGUGAAUUAUUUGUCAACGUCUUGUGACCAUACAAAAAGACAUGCAAAAACAUCUUGCAUCACAUUAAAAGUAUAGUUGAAACUUUA